AUGAAAUAAUCCUAAGUUAACAAAUUUUUCACAAAUUUAACAGGAAGACAAUAAAUUUCGAAUGUGGCAUCUCCUACUACAACUGCUCCUAGUAAACAUAAUAAAAAUGCAAGCUCGACAAUCUCAAAUGGAAAUAAAUAUUUAUAUUAUUCGAAACGUACAUCUCGUCUCCUUUUAGACUCUAGUAAAAAACUUCCACUUUUAACUACUGUUAUGAAAACAGAAACUUAAGAUACUCCAAAAACUGCAACAGUUAAAAUGAGAAAAGCAAGUGGAAAUUCAGGAGACUUUCGCAUUAUAAAUUAACAUUAAAGAAAUAAAACUGAGACUCUUAUUAUAACUAAUAAUUUCAAUACUAAUAAAAUGGACUCUCCUAUAGAUAACUUUGAAGAUGUUCAAUUAAUAAAUACAUAAUAGAAUAUAUAACAUACAGUCACUAUUCCAACAUCAUUAGAACAUUUUAUUGAAAUUCAGUAGAUAUCUUUAACUUCAAGUAGAAGUGAAAAUUUUACUUCAUAAAUAUAACCAAAACUUUAUCCAAUUUAAGUAUUAGGAGAAACUUAUGAAUUCUAGAAAACUUAGAAUUUAUAUCCUAAAAUUAAAAAAAGAACCUAGAUUAAAUUACAAAUUUCAGAAAUAGAAUCAUUAAAUGAAAAGAGUUGUCAUUUAAUGAGAAAAUUAAGAUAAAUGCUUCAUACUCAUAGGGAUAAAGAGAAAUUAUUAGAAUUAGAAAUUAAAAAGAAAAAGGAAUCUUUAGUUGAUAGAUAAUUUUCAAAAACUUUAAGUAAUAUGCCAGAUGAAAAAACACCAAAAGCUUUAGAAUCAAAAUUUAAUUUUAAAUUAAGUACUAUAAACAAAAAAUAAACAAAAAUUCAUCCUAAUUAUAGUAUUUAAGAUACUGAAUCCAUUCUGCCCUUAAAAACUAUUAUUGAUGCUCUUAAGGAAAAGAAAGACGAUAAAAAAGAUAAAACUAAAAUUGAAAAAUCUUAAAUUAUAUAGUAAGUUUCUAAAAAAAAUAUCAAAGUAACUGUUGCUUUUGAAGAAGAUGAAAAAUAAAUAGAAUUUUAAAUGCCAGAAUAUAUAGAUGAAGUUUAAUAAAUUGACAAUUAAUCGACAGAAAUAAAGGAGAAUAAAUAAUCAAAUAUUUAUUCUUUGGUUAGUAAAUCUAUGUUGCAAAAGUAUUAUAAAUAUAUAUAUAUUAUUAGUAAAUUUGCUUUGAGAUUAGUUAAAAAAUUUGGAGAUAAGGUGAUUAAAACUUAAAAAGAUAACGAUGCAAUUGAAAAUUUUAACUCAUUUAAAGCCUCUUAAUUUACUAGAUAUUAUCUAUAGAAUCAUACAUAAAAAUGUUUUAAAAUAAAAUAUGAACCUUAAUCAGAAAAGGAAGAAAUUUAAUCUGCUUCAAAAUUCAAUUUUUUGAAUAAAAAUUUUUAUUCUGAAACAUUUCAAGAAAUUCAAAGCAAAAGUACAUAAUAACUUGCAUAAUAAAAUGUAAUUAUUUUUUGAAUUUAAGAAAGAUUAAUAUAAGAAAUAAUGUUAAGUAGAAACUUUAUUUUAUACUGUGGGAUUAAAUUAUGAAAAUCAUCUAAGUGAUAAUAGUAUUUUAAGUCCAAAUGCUUCUUUAUUAGAUAUAAGUGAUAUAGAAAUGCAAACUUAAUUUAAAAUAAAUUACAUAUACUAUAUGUUAAAUUUAAUAUCUACAAAUGAUUUACAAUAAUAGAAAUUAAGAGUAAUUGUCAAUACUGUGGAUGAUGAAACUAAAAAUUAAUUUUUACAUGAAGAACUUUUGAGAUUUCCAGAGAUCAUAAAUUUAGUGAUCAAAGUUGAGACUGACUCUUAAAACCAUUGUAUAUUAUUUAUAAUUAAAUAGAGAAUUAUAGAUUCUUAAUAAUUUCGAAUAAGAAUUAUAAAAAGUUGAUUUAACAAAUGUGAAAAUAAAAUUAUCAAAUAAAUACAAUUAAAUUUUAACAGGUUUAUUUGAAGAUUACCGAAAUCAUUAAGUUUCUUAAAUGGAAAAGAUAUAUGUUGAAUAUUGUAAAACAUAAAAUGAUUUGGAUUCAGUAAAAACUAAUGAUCGAUAAUUUACAAAUUUAAAUAUUCCUUAACAUUCAAGAAGUAGACUAGCUUCUCCAAUAGGAUCAGUAUCAUAUAUUUUAUAUAUCAGAAUGAAUCAAAAUUAACUGGAAAGGAUAUAAAUCCAUAAUUUCCAAAAGGAAUGUUAUUAAAAAAGAAUAAGAAAACAAAGAAUUUACUAGCAACUUAAAAAUUUGCUUCAUCGUAAAACAUAAAAUGUAAGAGUAGUCGCAAUUUGUAAACUUUGUUACAUGCAAAUACAAAUUCUAAUCACAAUAUUUAAUAAUUAUUAAGCUCUUAAAGAAUUGUCUAGAAAGAUUAAGAAUAAUAAACAAAAUCAAAAAGUUCUUAAAGACAAAUAUCUAUAAAAUCUAAUUUGAUUAGUUAAUAAUCAAUGGAUCCUUCCUCUCUAUUAUUCAGAAGUAUGUUAUUGCAAGAAAGCCAACAAAAUGAUAAAUCAAAUAUUGAAAGAGCAUUUUCCUUAAUAGAAGAUCAUAGAUUGUAAGAUCUAAAAGACUUAUUGAAUCAUGAUUAGAAUAUAAAUAUAAACACAUAAAAUUAGAAUGGAAAUACAUUUUUAAUAUAAGCAGCAAGAACAGGAGCAUAUGAUAUUAUUUAGUUCCUACUUCGUUUAGGAGCAGAAAUUUCAAUUAAAAAUGUAUUAAAUAUAUUUUAAAUAGAAUGAUGGCUUUAAUGCUAUUUAGAUAGCAAUAACUCAUUUACAAUUUGAAGCAGCAGAUGAACUUAAUAGAUUUAGUAAAUCAAAUUCUUUUAUAUCCCAUUGA